AUGCAGCUGCUGGGGCUCCUCUGCCUCCUCUGGAUGCUCAAGGCCUCCGCAGGGGCCACGGGAACUGUAUCUACGGCCACAUCCAUCUCUCAUGUGCCUUUCCCCAGGGCGGAAGCAGCCCGCGCUGUGCUCAGCAAUUCUCCACACUCCAGAGACCUGGCUGGGCGGCCACUCGGUGUCCCCCAGCUUGCCUCGCCUGCUCCUGGCCACAGGGAAAAUGCACCUAUGACGCUCAUUACCUCCCCCCAUGACACACUCAUCUCUGAAACACUGCUCACCUCUCCAGUCAGUUCCAACACCUCAACCACCCCGACGUCCAAGUUUGCUUUCAAGGUUGAAACCACUCCACCCACUGUGUUGGUCUAUUCGGCCACCACUGAGUGCGUGUAUCCAACGAGCUUUACAAUCACCAUCUCCCACCCCACCUCCAUCUGUGUGACCACGACGCAGGUGGCCUUCACCAGCUCUUACACCCCCACUCCCGUGACACAGAAGCCAGUGACCACCCUCACCAGGACUUACCCUAUGACCACUACUGAGAAAGGAACGUCAGCCGUGACAUCUUCCUCUACCACCUCUGGAAGGGAAACUCCCAUAGUGACAGUGACACCCUCCUCCUCUGUGUCAGCCACAGAUACAACCUUCCACACUAUGGUCUUCUCUACAAUUAGAACCACAGAAAGGAUUCCCCAGCCCACUGGAAGUGUCCAUACGACCAUGUCCCCAGCCCCAGUAUUUACUACUCUCAAAACAGCAGUGACUUCCACUUCCCACAUCACUUCUUCAAUCACUUCCACAGAAACAGUGACUUCUGUGACAACGACCACCUCCUGGCCCACAGCCACUAAUACACUGUCAUCACCCACCAGUACCAUUUUAUCUUCCACACCUGUCCUGAGCACAGAAACAAUCACCAGUGGUAUCCCAAACACCACUCCUCUAUCUACCUUGGUGACCACACUCCCCACUACCAUCACCAGGUCUACACCUAUAUCUGAGCCCACCUACCCUACUUCUCCCACUAGCACAGCCACAGACUCCACAACCAAAAUCACCUGCUCCACAAGUGUGACAGGUACAUUGUCCACGGAGACUUCUCUCCCACCCACAUCUUCCUCUCUCCCAACCACAGAAACAGACACAACUCCUAUGACAAACUUGGUAAUCACCACCCCUGAGAUCACCUCCCACAGUACUCCCACCUUCUCUUCUUCAGCCAUCUACUCUACAGUCAGCACAUCCACAACUGCCAUCUCCUCAGCUUCCCCUACCUCAGGUACCAUAGUGACUUCCACAACCAUGACCCCGUCUUCUCUGACUACAGACAUCCCUUCGACAACACCAACAACUAUCACCCACCCUUCUGUGGGCUCUACUGGCUUCCCGACUACAGGAACAGACCUCACAUCGACAUUCACUGUUUCCAGUUCCUCAGCAAUGUCCACAAGUGUCAUUCCAUCUUCCCCCAGCAUCCAGAAUACAGAAACCUCAUCCGUUGUCAGCAUGACCUCUGCCACCACUCCCAGUGGGACACCAACUUUUGCAAGUACACACAGCACUCCGACAAGUUCCCUCCUGACAACCUUCCCAGCAACAUAUUCAUUUUCCUCUUCCAUGUCUGCCAGCAGUGCCGGGACCACUCACACAGAGAGUAUCUCCUCACCUCCAGCCAUCACCAGUGCACUCCACACAACAGCGGAAUCCACCCUAUCACCCGCUACCACCACUUCAUUCACAACUUCCACAACUAUGGAACCACCUUCAACCACUGUAGCAACUACAGGAACAGGUGAGACCACCUUCCCCAGCUCUACAGCCACAUUCCCUGAGACCACCACACUGACUCCUGCAAUUGACAUUUCUACAGAAUCUCUAACAACAGCCAUGACUUCUACUCCCCCCAUCAGUUCUUCAAUCACUCCCACCAAUACAGUGACUUCUGUGACAACUACAACCUCUUGGCCCACAGCCACGAAUACGUUAUCAUCACUCACCAGUAGCAUUUUAUCUUCUCCACCUGUCCCAAGCACAGAAAUGAUCACCAGUCAUAACACCAACACCACCCCUCUAUCCACCUUGUUGACUACAUUCCUCACCACUACCCCUGAUACCACCUCCCACAGUACCCCCAGCUUCACUUCAUCAGCCAUUUACUCCACAGUCAGCAUAUCCACAACUGCCAUCUCCUCAGCUUCCCCUACCUCAGGUACCAUAGUGACUUCCACAACCAUGACCCCGUCUUCUCUGACCACAGACAUCCCUUCGACAACACCAACAACUAUCACCCACCCUUCUGUGGGCUCUACUGGCUUCCUGACUACAGGAACAGACCUCACAUCAACAUUCACUGUUUUCAGUUCCUCAGCAAUGUCCACAAGUGUCAUUCCAUCUUCCCCCAGCAUCCAGAAUACAGAAACCUCAUCCCUUGUCAGCAUGACCUCUGCCACCACUCCCAGCGAGAGACCAACUCUCACAAGUACUGACAGCACUCCAACAAGUUCUCUCCUGACGACCUUCUCAAGUACAUAUUCAUUUUCCUCUUCCAUGUCUGCCAGCAGUGCUGGGACCACUCACACAGAGACUAUUUCUUCACCUCCAGCCAGCACCAGUACACUCCACACAACAGCUGAAUCCACCCUGUCACCCGCUGCCACCACCUCAUUCACCACCUCGACAACGAUGGAACCACCUUUAACCACUGUAGCAACUACAGGCACAGGUCAGACCACCUUCCCCAGCUCUACAGCCACAUUCCCUGAGACCACCACACUGACUCCUACAACUGACAUGUCCACAGAAUCUCUCACAACAGCUGUGACUUCUCCUCCCAUUACUUCAUCAGUCACUUCCACAAAUACAGUGACUUCUGUGACAACUAUGACCUCUCCUCCCACAACCACCAAUUAUUUUACAUCACUGACCAGUAUGACUCUGUCUUCUACACCUGUCCCAAGCACAGAAGCAAUCACCAGUGGCACCACAAACACAAUCCCUCCAUCUAUCUUGGUAACCACACUCCCCACUACAAAUGUCUCAUCUAUGACUACAUCUGAGACCACCUAUCCUAAUUCUCCAAGUGGCCCUGGUACAAACUCCACGACUGAAAUCACCUAUCCCACCCUUAUGACAGAGACAUCAUCCACUGCCACCUCUAUUCCACCCACCUCUCCCUUGGUCUCAACCGCAGAAACAGCCAAAACUCCUACCACAAACUUGGUAACCACCACCACUACCACCAAGAUCACCUCACAUAGUACCUCCAGCUUCACUUCUUCAACCAUCUACUCCACAGACAGCUCAUACACAGCUGCCAUCACCUCAGUUCCCACAACCUUGGGUACCAUGAUGACUUCUACAUCCAUGAUCCCAUCUACUCUGAGUACAGGUAUCCCUUCCUCACAACCAACAACCAUCACUCCCUCAUCUGUGGGCAUCACUAGUUCAUUACCUAUGAUGACAGACCUCACCUCAGUGUACAUAGUCUCCAGCAUGUCUGCAAGGCCAACAACUGUCGUUCCCUCAUCUCCCACUGUCCAGAAUACAGAAACCUCAUCCUUUGUCAGCAUGACCUCUGCCACCACUCCCAGUGGAAGGCUAACUUUUGCCAGUACACACAGCACUCCGACAAGUUCCCUCUUGACGACCUUCCCAGGGACAUAUUCAUUUUCGUCUUCCAUGCCUGCCAGCAGUGCCUGGACCACUCACACGGAGAGUAUCUCCUCACCUCCAGCCAUCACCAGUACACUCCACACAACAGCUGAAUCCACCCCAUCGCCCACUACCACCACCUCAUUCACCACAUCCACAAUGAUGGAACCACCAUCAACCACUGUAGCAACUACAGGCACAGGUCAGACCACCUUCCCCAGCUCUACAGCCACAUUCCCUGAGACCACCACACUGACUCCUGCAACUGACAUUUCUACAGAAUCUCUCACAACAGCCAUGACUUCUACUCCCCCCAUCAGUUCUUCAAUCACUCCCACCAAUACAGUGACUUCUAUGACAACUACUUCUUGGCCCACAGCCACUAAUACGUUAUCAUCACUCACCAGUAGCAUUUUAUCUUCUCCACCUGUCCCAAGCACAGAAAUGAUCACCAGUCAUAAUACCAACACCACCCCUCUAUCCACCUUGUUGACUACAUUCCCCACCACUACCCCUGAUACCACCUCCCACAGUACCCCCAGCUUCACUUCAUCAGCCAUUUACUCCACAGUCAGCACAUCCACAACUGCCAUCUCCUCAGCUUCCCCUACCUCAGGUACCCUAGUGACUUCCACAACCAUGACCCCGUCUUCUCUGACCACAGACAUCCCUUCGACAACACCAACAACUAUCACCCACCCUUCUGUGGGCUCUACUGGCUUCCUGACUACAGGAACAGACCUCACAUCAACAUUCACUGUUUCCAGUUCCUCAGCAAUGUCCACAAGUGUCAUUCCAUCUUCCCCCAGCAUCCAGAAUACAGAAACCUCAUCCCUUGUCAGCAUGACCUCUGCCACCACUCCCAGCGAGAGACCAACUCUCACAAGUACUGACAGCACUCCAACAAGUUCUCUCCUGACGACCUUCUCAAGUACACAUUCAUUUUCCUCUUCCAUGUCUGCCAGCAGUGCUGGGACCACUCACACAGAGACUAUUUCUUCACCUCCAGCCAGCACCAGUACACUCCACACAACAGCUGAAUCCACCCUGUCACCCGCUGCCACCACCUCAUUCACCACCUCGACAACGAUGGAACCACCUUUAACCACUGUAGCAACUACAGGCACAGGUCAGACCACCUUCCCCAGCUCUACAGCCACAUUCCCUGAGACCACCACACUGACUCCUGCAAUUGACAUUUCUACAGAAUCUCUAACAACAGCCAUGACUUCUACUCCCCCCAUCAGUUCUUCAAUCACUCCCACCAAUACAGUGACUUCUAUGACAACUACGACUUCUUGGCCCACAGCCACGAAUACGUUAUCAUCACUCACCAGUAGCAUUUUAUCUUCUCCACCUGUCCCAAGCACAGAAAUGAUCACCAGUCAUAACACCAACACCACCCCUCUAUCCACCUUGUUGACUACAUUCCCCACCACUACCCCUGAUACCACCUCCCACAGUACCCCCAGCUUCACUUCAUCAGCCAUUUACUCCACAGUCAGCACAUCCACAACUGCCAUCUCCUCAGCUUCCCCUCCCUCAGGUACCAUAGUGACUUCCACAACCAUGACCCCGUCUUCUCUGACUACAGACAUCCCUUUGACAACACCAACAACUACCACCCACCCUUCUGUGGGCUCUACUGGCUUCCUGACUACAGGAACAGACCUCACAUCAACAUUCACUGUUUCCAGUUCCUCAGCAAUGUCCACAAGUGUCAUUCCAUCUUCCCCCAGCAUCCAGAAUACAGAAACCUCAUCCCUUGUCAGCAUGACCUCUGCCACCACUCCCAGCGAGAGACCAACUCUCACAAGUACUGACAGCACUCCAACAAGUUCUCUCCUGACGACCUUCUCAAGUACAUAUUCAUUUUCCUCUUCCAUGUCUGCCAGCAGUGCUGGGACCACUCACACAGAGACUAUUUCUUCACCUCCAGCCAGCACCAGUACACUCCACACAACAGCUGAAUCCACCCUGUCACCCGCUGCCACCACCUCAUUCACCACCUCGACAACGAUGGAACCACCUUUAACCACUGUAGCAACUACAGGCACAGGUCAGACCACCUUCCCCAGCUCUACAGCCACAUUCCCUGAGACCACCACACUGACUCCUGCAAUUGACAUUUCUACAGAAUCUCUAACAACAGCCAUGACUUCUACUCCCCCCAUCAGUUCUUCAAUCACUCCCACCAAUACAGUGACUUCUAUGACAACUACGACUUCUUGGCCCACAGCCACUAAUACGUUAUCAUCACUCACCAGUAGCAUUUUAUCUUCUCCACCUGUCCCAAGCACAGAAAUGAUCACCAGUCAUAACACCAACACCACCCCUCUAUCCACCUUGUUGACUACAUUCCCCACCACUACCCCUGAUACCACCUCCCACAGUACCCCCAGCUUCACUUCAUCAGCCAUUUACUCCACAGUCAGCACAUCCACAACUGCCAUCUCCUCAGCUUCCCCUACCUCAGGUACCAUAGUGACUUCCACAACCAUGACCCCGUCUUCUCUGACCACAGACAUCCCUUCGACAACACCAACAACUAUCAUCCACCCUUCUGUGGGCUCUACUGGCUUCCUGACUACAGGAACAGACCUCACAUCAACAUUCACUGUUUCCAGUUCCUCAGCAAUGUCCACAAGUGUCAUUCCAUCUUCCCCCAGCAUCCAGAAUACAGAAACCUCAUCCCUUGUCAGCAUGACCUCUGCCACCACUCCCAGCGAGAGACCAACUCUCACAAGUACUGACAGCACUCCAACAAGUUCUCUCCUGACGACCUUCUCAAGUACAUAUUCAUUUUCCUCUUCCAUGUCUGCCAGCAGUGCUGGGACCACUCACACAGAGACUAUUUCUUCACCUCCAGCCAGCACCAGUACACUCCACACAACAGCUGAAUCCACCCUGUCACCCGCUGCCACCACCUCAUUCACCACCUCGACAACGAUGGAACCACCUUUAACCACUGUAGCAACUACAGGCACAGGUCAGACCACCUUCCCCAGCUCUACAGCCACAUUCCCUGAGACCACCACACUGACUCCUACAACUGACAUGUCCACAGAAUCUCUAACAACAGCCAUGACUUCUACUCCUCCCAUCACUUCUUCAGUCACUCCCACCAAUACAGUGACUUCUAUGGCAAGAACGACUUCCUGGCCCACAGCCGGUAAUAUGUUAUCAUCACUCACCAGUAGCAUUUUAUAUUCGACACCUGUCCUGAGCACAGAAACAAUCACCAGUCAUAACACCAACAGCAGCCCUCUAUCCACCUUGGUGACCACACUCCCCACUACCAUCACCAGGUCUAGACCUACAUCUGAGACCACCUACACUACUUCUCCCACUAGCACAGCCACAGACUCCACUACCGACAUCAGCUACCCCACAAGUAUGACAGGUACAUUGUUCCCUGAGACUUCUCUCCCGCCCACCUCUUCCUCUCUCCUAACCAUAGAAACUGCCACGACUCCUAUCACAACCUUGGUAACCACCACUCCUGAAACCACCUCCCACAGUGUUCCCAGUUUCACUUCUUCAACCAUCUACUCCACAAGCAGUACAACCACAACUGCCAUCUCCUCAGCUUCGCCUACCUCAGGUACCAUGGUGACUUCCACAACCAUGACCCCAUCUUCUCUGAGUACAGACAUCCCUUCGACAACACCCACAACUAUCACCCACUCUUCUGUGAGCUCUACUGAAUCCUUGACUACAACAGCAGUUCUCUCCUCAACAUUUGCUGUUUCCAGUACCUCAGCAGUGUCCACAAGUGACAUCCCAUCUUCCCCCAACAUCCAGAAUACAGAAACCUCAUCCCUUGUCAGCAUGACCUCUGCCACCACUCCCAGCGAGAGACCAACUCUCACAAGUACUGAGGGCACUCAGACAACUUCCCUCCUGACGAGCUUCCCAGCAACAUAUUCAUUUUCCUCUUCCAUGUCUGCCAGCAGUGCAGGGACCACUCACACCGAGAGUAUCUCCUCACCUCCAUCCAUCACCAGUAUACUCCACACAACAGCUGGAUCCACCCCAUCACCCACAACCACCACGUCAUUCACAACAUUUACAACGAUGGAAACACCUUCUUCCACUGUAGCAACUAAAGGCACAGGUCAGACUACAUGGACCAGUUCAACAGCCACAUCCCCUGAGACCACCACACUGACUCCUACCCUUGACAUUUCCACAGGAUCUUUCAAAACAGCAGUGAGUUCUACUCCCCCCAUCACUUCUUCAAUCACCUCCACAUAUACAAUGACAUCUAUGACAACUACCAACCCUCUGCCCACAGCCACUAAUAUGUUACCAUCAUUCACCAGUAGCAUUUCAUCUUCUAUGCCUGUCCCAAGUACAGAAGCGAUCACCACUGGUACCACAAACACCACCCCUUUGUCUUCCCUGGUGACCACAUUAUCCAAUUACGACACCAGUUCUACACCUGCGUCUGAGACCACCUACCCUACUUCUCUUACUAGUGCUCUCACAGAUUCCACAGUCAGAACCACCUAUUCCACCAGUAUGACCGGUACAUUGUCCACUGUGACCUCUCUCCGACCCACCUCUUUGUCUCUUCCAACCACAGUAACAGCCACAGUUCCUACAACAAACUUGGUAACCACGACCACCAAGACCACCUCACACAGUACUCCUAGCUUCACUUCUUCAAUCACAACCACCGAGACCACCUCACACCGUACUCCCAGCUUCACUUCUCCAAUCACGACCACUGAGACCCCCUCACACAGUACUCCUAGCUUCACUUCUUCAAUCACUAUCAUGGAGACCACAUCACACAGUACUCCCAACUUCACUUCUUCAAUCACCACCAGUGAGAGCCCCUCACACAGUAUUCCCAGCUUCACUUCUUCAAUCACCACCACCGAGACCCCUUCACACAGUACUCCCAGCUUCACUUCUUCAAUAACCACCACUGAGACUACCUCACACAGUACACCCAGCUACACUUCUUUGAUCACCACCACCGAGACCACCUCACACAAUACUCCCAGCUUCACUUCUUCGAUCACCACCACCGAGACCACCUCAUACAGUACUCCCAGCUUCACUUCUUCAAUCACCACCACCGAGACUACCUCAAGCAGUACACCCAGAUACACUUCUUUGAUCACUAUCACCAAGACCACCUCAAACAGUACUCCCAGCGUCGCUUUGAUCACCACCACGGAGACCACAUCCCACAGUACUCCCAGCUUCACUUCUUCAAUCACCACCACUGAGACCACCUCACACAGUACUCCCAGCUUCACUUCUUCGAUCACCACCACCAAGACCAACUCAAACAGUACUCCCAGCUUCACUUCUUUGAUCGCCACCACUGAGACCACAUCCCACACUACUCCCAGCUUCACUUCUUCAAUCACCACCACUGAGAUCACAUCCCACAGUAUUCCCAGCUUCACGUCUUCGAUCAUCACCACUGAGACCACCUCACACAGUACUCCAAGCUUCACUUCUUCGAUCACCACCACCGAGACCACCUCACACAGUACUCCCAGCUUCACUUCUUCAAUCACCACUACUGAGACCACAUCACACAGUACUCCUGGCCUCACUUCUGUGGUCACCACCACCGAGGCAACCUCACACGUUACUCCUGGCCUCACUUCAAUCACCACCAGUGAGAGCACCUUACACAGUACUCCCACCUUCACUUCUUCAGUCACCACCACCGAGACCACCUCACAAAGUACUGUCAGCUUCACUUCCUUAAUCACCACCACUGCGACGACCUCACACAGUACUCCCAGCUUCAGUUCUUCAAUCACCACCACCAGGACCACCUCACCCGAUACUCCCAGCUUCACUUCUUCCAUCACCAACACUGAGACCACCUCACACAGUACUCCCAGCUUCACUUCUUCAACCAGCUACUCCACAGUCAGCACAUCCACAACUGCCAUCACCUCACAUUUUACUACCUCAGAGACUGGGGUGACUUCCACACCUGUAACUCCAGCUUCUCAGAGUACAGACAUCCCGACCACAACCGUGCAAACUCUCACCCCCUCAUCUGUGGGAACCAGUACUUCAUUGACUACAACCACAGACCUUCCCUCUAUACCCACGGAUAUUGGUAGCUUAUCAACCCCAACACGCAUCAUUUCAUCCUCUCCCUCCAUCCAAAGCACAGAAACAUCAUCCCUUGUGGGCACAACCUCUCCCACCAUGUCCACUGUGAGAACGACCCUCAGAAGUACUGAGAACACCCCAAUCACUUCCUUUAGCACAAGUAUUGUUGUUACACCUGAAACCCCAACACAGACCCCUCCUGUACUGACGUCUGCCACCGGGACCCAAACAUCUCCUGUACCUACUACUGUCAACUUUGGAAGUACAGAUUUCUCCACGUCCACUCUUCACACUCUUACUCCAUCAACAGCCUUGAGCACGAUCAUGUCAACAUCACAGGUUCCCAUUCCUAGCACACAUUCCUCCACCCUUCAAACAAGUGCUUCUACUCCCUCAUUGCAAACUUCACUCACAUCUACAAGUGAGUUCACUACAGAAUCUUUCACUAGGGGAAGUACAUCUACAAACGCAAUCUUGACUUCUUUUAGUACCAUCAUCUGGUCCUCAACACACACUAUCAUGUCCUCUUCUCCAUCUUCCGCCAGCAUAACUCCAUUGUUCUCUACCAACACUCAUUCUGUUCCUUCUUCAGCAUACACUUUCAGUACAGAAAAUAUGGGCUCCUCUUCUAUCACAGCCUUUCCUACUCUCUCUUCCUCUGCAACCACCAGCACUUCUCCAACCAGCUCCUCUCUGACCACAGCUCUCACUGAAAUAACCCCCUUUUCUUAUAUUUCCCUUCCCUCCACCACACCCUGUCCAGAAACUAUAACAAUUACCAUAGUCCCUGCCUCUCCCACUGAUCCGUGUGUUGAAAUGGAUUCCAGCACUGAAGCUACUUCUCCUCCCACCACCCCGUUAGCAGUGCUUCCCUUUACUACCGAAAUGGUCACCUGUCCUAGCUCCAUCAGUAUGCAAACUACCCUUGCUACAUAUAUGGACACUUCUUCCAUGACGCCAGAAAGUGAGUCCAGCAUCACAACGAAUGCUUCCAGUUCCACUGGCACUGGGACUGUACCCACAAACACGGUUUUCACAAGUACUGAAAUGCCCACCAGUGAGACCUGGCUGAGCACCAUCUCUGUGAUCCCCCCACAUCUUCCUGGCGUCUCUACCGUCCCGCUCACCACGAAACCAAGCAGCAGCCUUUCGACCAUCCUGAGGACUUCAAGCAAGUCAGCACACUCCUCCCCAUCCACCACCAGGACUUCAGAGACACCAGUGGCCACUACCCAGACUCCUACCACCCUUACAUCGCGCAGGACAACUCCCACCACUUCUCAGACGACCACACAGUCAACGUUGACCACCACUGCAGGCACCUGUGACAAUGGCGGCACCUGGGAACAGGGCCAGUGUGCUUGCCGUCCGGGGUUCUCUGGGGACCGCUGUCAGUUCCAGACCAGCUGCCUCAACGGGGGUCAGUGGGAUAACCUCAAGUGCCAGUGCCCCAGCACCUUCUAUGGUUCCCGUUGUGAGUUUGCUGUGGAACAGGUGGAUCUAGAUGUAGUGGAGACUGAGGUGGACAUGGAAGUGUCUGUCGAUCAGGAGUUCUCGCCGGACCUCAAUGACAACACUUCUCAGGCCUACAGGGAUUUCAACAAGACCUUCUGGAAUCAGAUGCAGAAGAUUUUUGCAGGCAUGCGGGGCUUCAACUUCAAGGGUGUGGAGAUCCUGUCCCUGAGGAAUGGCAGCAUCGUGGUGGACUACCUGGUCCUGCUGGAGCUGCCCUUCAGCUCCCAGCUGGAGAGCCAGUACGAGCAGGCGAAGACGACGCUGAAGGAGGCGCUGCAGAAUGCCAGCCAGGAUGCGGACAGCUGCCAGGACUCCCAGACCCUGUGUUUUAAGCCUGACUCCAUCAAGGUGAACAACAACAGCAGGACAGAGCUGACCCCGAAAGCCAUCUGCCGCCGCGCCGCUCCCGCGGGCUAUGAGGAGUUCUACUUCCCCUUGGUGGAGGCCACCAGGCUCCGCUGUGUCACCAGUUGCACGUCGGGCGUGGACAACGCCAUCAACUGUCACCAGGGCCAGUGCGUUCUGGAGAGGAGCGGUCCCACCUGUCGCUGCUACUCCACGGACACGCACUGGUUCUCCGGCCCGCGCUGCGAGGUGGCCAUCCACUGGAGGGCGCUGGUCGGGGGCCUGACGGCGGGCGCCGCGCUGCUGCUGCUGCUGCUACUAGCGCUGGGUGUCUGGGCAGUGCGCUCCGGACUGUGGAGCUGCCAGUACCUAGACCGGUCCUGGGACCAGGACAGGAAAUGGUUCGAGACCUGGGAUGAGGAAGUCGUGGGCACUUUUUCAAACUGGGGUUUCGAGGUCGACGGAACAGACAAGGAUGAAAAUUUCCGUGUGGCCUUGGAGAACGUGGACACCACUAUGAAGGUGCACAUCAAGAGACCCGAGAUGACCUCAUCCUCAGUGUGAGCCCUGCGGGCCCCGUCACCAUCCCCUCUGCCCUGCCUGGGACACAAGGCUCUGCACUGCGUCCAUUUCAAGUGGUGGCCCCAGAACGGGAGCAGCCCAGGCACCUGCUGUUCUUGGGCAAAAUGAGACUGUUCCCCCAAAUCCCAUCCUUGUCUUUCCAACUUGGCUGAAACCCACCAGGAGACACAGUUCAGGUGCAGGCUCUUCCACUGCGGAACCUUGGGCAAGUCAGUAAGGAGCCUCAGUUUCCUCACCUGCAAAAUGGGUACAACAUUCCUGUGUGAUAUCUCACACCAUUGUUGUGUAAACCACAUGGACUUGGUCAAUUCUGGGUCCUACUCUGCCCUCCCGUCUCAGCCCUCAUGUUGCCAUUGCCUCUCUCGGAUCCUCCAAUCCUCAUGUCCUUCGCCUGGUCUCCGGCCCUGGUUCCUAUUUUCUCUCAAUUCCCUACUGCCUGUUUCUUACUUUGAACCUGGAGGCAGCCUGCAGCCCAUCCCAUCUCCUGUCCUCUCCUGAUCUAACUCCCUGCUGUGUCUCUUGCUCUCAUUCCUUAGAUGUCCUCUCCUUCUGACACCGUUCCUUCAAGCAUCCUGCCCCCCAGUCCCCCAGCCCUAAAUCCUCCCUCCUCUCCUCACAUCCUGGUCCCUAGCAAGGUAUAGAUAGCCUCUGUGUCUUAGGGUACCCCAGCUGCUGUUCCCCCCAUCACUCCGUUGCCCAAUUCCCUGUUUCUCUUGCUCUCAUUCCUUGUAUCUUCUCCCCUUCUGAGCCGGUCCAUUAGUUGGUUCUGCCCCCCACUCCCCCUGCCCUAAAUACCCCAGCUGCUGUUCCCCCCAUCACCCUGCUGCCCGAUUCUUUAUUCUCCACCUCUUUCUCUCACCCCUGGAGCCCCGAGGGUGGGGGCAGGGCAUGAGUUCCCCAGUCCCCAAGGAAAGGCAGCCCCCUCAGUCCCCCUCCUCCUCACUCCCUUCGAUCUUCCUCCCCUCUCACCUCACCACUGCCUUUUAAACCCAUCCCCUCCCUUUUCCUUCCUCCGUCCCUCUCUCCCUGAUGUCACCUCGAUUGAUUCCUGAUUCCUGCCAUAACUCUGAGUCCUGAAAUCCUCAAUCUCCUUGGCAGUGAAGAUCGGCUUCGGGGACCGGAAGUCGGCACAUCUCCAGGUCUCCAUGUGAACACAAUAUAGAGUUUACUGUAAAAGAAA